GCGGGCCCCGCCCCCGGCCGGCGGCGGCCCUGCGCGGCAGUCGGGGCUGCGAGCGGAGCGGCGCGGAGGGCGCGACCGGCGGGCUGGGGAGGCGGGCUGCGCGCUGCCUUCAGGGCUCUAGAACGUGCGCCAGGGCGCGGGUAGCACCGCAAGCCUCUUGGGCGGGGCCGGGGCUCGGGAGCCGGUAUCCGGACCUCCCACCAGGGCGCCAGGACCAUGGCGCUGCGCGCCCGGGCGCUGUACGACUUCAGGUCGGAGAACCCGGGCGAGAUCUCGCUGCGGGAGCACGAGGUGCUGAGCCUGUGCAGCGAGCAGGACAUCGAGGGCUGGCUCGAGGGGGUCAACAGCCGCGGCGACCGCGGCCUCUUCCCGGCCUCGUACGUGCAGGUGAUCCGAGCCCCGGAGCCCGGCCCGGCGGGCGACGGCGGCCCGGGCGCCCCGGCUCGCUACGCUAACGUGCCGCCCGGCGGUUUCGAGCCCCUGCCCGCCGCACCGCCCGCCUCCUUUAAGCCGCCGCCCGACGCCUUCCAGCCGCUGUUGCAGCCGCAGCAGGCGCCGCUGCCGAGCACCUUCCAGCCGCCCGGCGCGGGCUUUCCGUAUGGCGGGGGCGCCCUGCAGCCGUCGCCUCAGCAGCUCUACGGCGGCUACCAGGCCAGCCAGGGCAGCGACGAUGACUGGGACGACGAGUGGGACGACAGCUCCACGGUGGCCGACGAGCCUGGCGCGCUGGGCAGCGGCGCCUACCCGGACCUUGACGGCUCGUCGUCGGCGGGCGGCGGCGCGGUUGGCCGCUACCGCUUGUCCACGCGCUCCGACUUGUCGCUGGGCUCCCGCGGUGGAUCCGCACCUCCGCAGCAUCAUCCGUCGGGGGCCAAGAGCUCGGCCACGGUGAGCCGCAACCUCAACCGCUUCUCCACUUUUGUCAAAUCAGGUGGGGAGGCCUUCGUGUUGGGCGAGGCGUCAGGCUUCGUGAAGGAUGGGGACAAGCUAUGCGUGGUGCUAGGGCCCUACGGCCCCGAGUGGCAGGAGAACCCCUACCCCUUCCAGUGCACCAUCGACGACCCCACCAAGCAGACUAAGUUCAAAGGUAUGAAGAGUUAUAUCUCCUACAAGCUGGUGCCCACGCACACGCAGGUGCCAGUGCACAGGCGCUACAAGCACUUCGACUGGCUGUAUGCGCGCCUGGCUGAGAAGUUCCCUGUCAUCUCUGUGCCCCACCUGCCCGAGAAGCAGGCCACUGGCCGCUUCGAAGAGGACUUCAUCUCCAAGCGCAGGAAAGGCCUGAUUUGGUGGAUGAACCACAUGGCCAGCCACCCAGUGCUGGCACAGUGUGACGUCUUCCAGCACUUCUUGACCUGCCCCAGUAGCACAGAUGAGAAGGCCUGGAAACAGGGCAAGAGGAAGGCCGAGAAGGACGAGAUGGUGGGCGCCAACUUCUUCCUGACCCUGAGCACACCACCCGCAGCCGCUCUUGACCUGCAGGAGGUGGAGAGCAAGAUAGAUGGUUUCAAGUGCUUCACCAAGAAGAUGGAUGACAGCACACUGCAGCUCAACCAUACUGCCAACGAGUUUGCACGCAAGCAGGUGACGGGCUUCAAGAAGGAGUAUCAGAAGGUGGGCCAAUCUUUCCGUGGCCUCAGCCAGGCCUUUGAGCUGGACCAGCAGGCUUUCUCAGCAGGCCUGAAUCAGGCCAUUGCCUUCACCGGAGAUGCCUAUGACGCCAUUGGCGAGCUCUUUGCCGAGCAGCCCAGGCAGGACCUGGACCCAGUCAUGGACCUGUUAGCGCUGUAUCAAGGGCACCUGGCCAACUUCCCGGAUAUCAUCCACGUUCAGAAAGGAGCUCUUACCAAAGUAAAGGAGAGUAGGCGACAUGUGGAAGAAGGGAAGAUGGAGGUCCAAAAGGCUGAUGGCAUUCAGGAUCGCUGUAACACUAUUUCUUUUGCCACUUUGGCUGAAAUUCACCACUUCCAUCAAAUUCGAGUAAGAGACUUUAAAUCACAGAUGCAGCAUUUCUUACAACAACAAAUAAUAUUUUUCCAAAAAGUGACCCAGAAGUUGGAAGAAGCUCUUCACAAAUAUGAUAGUGUUUAAUGACUGGACAUUGGAUUGUGAACUUUUUCAGUUCAAGAAUAAUUUCUGCAGCAGAAUAAAAACUGCUGUCAAAGAGCUAUUGCCAACUAUCAGUGGUGGUACAAGGAUGGUUUUGUGUUCAACUGAAAGCCAGCUGAAUAUAUAAUUAUGUAGGAAAGAAACCUUUAAUAUGGCUAUAUCAUAGAAACAGUACCACACAUUGUAACUAAAUUAUACUAUGUAUGCCUACACUACCAUUGUAACUUUUGGAAUAAUGAUUAUACUAUUUGCCUUAUUGCUUUUUUGAAGUAUGGGUAUUUUAGUGCAUACUUUGUAGACCUCAAAACCCAUGAAGGGUCUCAAAGAAGCCGGCUGGAUAAAAGCCUGCUGUGGAUGCCUUUUCACUCUCAGAUUGGGAUUACCUAAAUUCAACCUGUUCUCUGUUUACAAACUCCAACUAGAGCAGCUAUGCGACUUUGUGCCUUUAGACUCUUGGUUUUUCAUUUCGUGCCCCACCCCCACCCCCACCCAAGGGAAGCCACAACUUUUCUGAUUGAAAGAGUGAAAGGCCAGUGUACAUGAUGACAAACUGGUUAUAACCUCAUAUUGGUGGGGGUGGGGGUGGAGUGAGAGGAUCAGCUGUCAUCAGUCUGCACAGCAAGUAUUAUCUCCUGAUAAGAUGCUGGUGAACGCAGAGGAGUGAGACUCGAUGCUCAUCUCUGGAUAUGAAGUCUGUUAGGGAAGAGACGGUGCACUAUAUUCCCUUAGAUGCUACAGUAGCAUAGCCUCUUCACGCAAGUGUCCUGAAAACUGGGCGUGAGGAUUUCAGCAAACACGUCUUAUAAUGUGGAGAAGGAGGAGUCUGAUCAAUCAGGGGAGACAAGUACAGAAUCAGUGACAACACACACUUGGUUUCAGUUCCUGGGAGGGUUUUCUUUUUUUGUUGUUGUUUUUUUUUUUUGUUUGUUUGUUUUGUUUUUUAGCUUGAAGGUUUUCUUUUAAUAUUCAGUUUUUUUGUUUUUUGUUUGUUCGUUUGUUUUUAAAUGGAUCUACACUGUUAACUGAUUGAGACUCCACUGUGAUUCACUCGUUUACUUAAUCAAAAACUUUUCAGGGAUGUCUGUAAAUUUCAGUGUUAUACGUGAUAAAAGUGGUGUUGGUUGAUCUAAGGAGGGACCAGAAAUAAUUUCUACUAUUCCAAUACUGAAGGAAAAAAAUUACUGAUGUAUACUGUGCUAAAAAAAAAAAGAAAGUAUUGAUUAAAGCCCCCACCCCCAGACAUUUAACCUUAAAAACUAUUUUAAAUGUAUUUUAUUAUAAGGGAAAUACAAAUGGCUGAUAAAUACCAAAAAGAUUCAAAAGCAGCUUAAUUUAAAAAGCACAAAGAGAUUCUGGUUGGAAAUGCCAGAAUCUCAAAUGUUUUUAUAGUUGCUGAGCUAAAUAAUGUGAUUCUUGAGUUUACAGAUUUUAAAACUGUCACUGAAAGGUUAAAGUAUCUACUGUUUUUAUGAAAUCAAACUUAAUGCUGCCUCAGAAAUCCCGGUACUGAAAGGGUAACAUGGAAGUAAAGAAAUCAGUAUGAAAUAGUGGUGAGUCACAUGAUUUUUUAAAAAAGUCGGUUUGCAGAAAGGCAUAAGAAGAAAAGGUUAAUGGAAUAGUUACUCAACAGCACAUUUACUGUCUCAAAAGUAGUCUCAUAUGGGUUGGAUUUUUAAGAUCAGAUUAUCAUAAUUUUGAUCUUUGGUCAAAAUUUUGUACCUUAGAAUACUUAGAGCCAGAUUUAACAUCAUGUGGCUUUGUCUACUACAGAUAUGUGGAAAUGCCAUCAAAUACGUUGUUCUCUAAAAAGUAACUUUUUCUUGUUGAUUGAAAAAUACAGUUCUUAUAAGCAAAACCCACAUAUAAAUAUAUAUAUAAAUUAAUUUUAUUGCAGAAGUUUGGAAGUUAUAGCAUUUGAGUCUGUAUUGGACAAAUAAGCACUAUGCUUUUCAAAUGAUUUGAAAGUCACAUAUAUUUGCCUCUUUAUUUUGAUGGUGGUUUGAUUUUUUUAUUUUUAAGUAAAAUCACUAAACUUGUGCAAUGUUAGCAUGGAAGUUAUCUGAGGUAUCUUUGUAUGAUUGUGCUUUAGCCAGGGUGGACAUAGCUUAAAUUAUAAAAACUGAAGAUUAAAGUACAAAAAAGUAUAAGUUCAUGCUGCCUACUUCUAAGAGAACUUUUGUUCUUCAUAACUAGAUAACAUUAUGUCACUGAUUCAUAGGGGGUUUAAAUUAAUUCUGUGAGUUAGAAUACCAGAGUUAUUAGUGUCCAUUUUCAUCUAAGAUCUUUAUUCUCCUAACGUUCUUGGUCCUAUUGAAACAUUUCGGUAUACCAAAAUACUGCAAUGUUGAUACCCAAGAGAAAAGCCAUUAUCAUGUGUAUGCUGGUCAUCAUGAUCAGUGUGGUACAAUUUUUUAAAAUAAACUAUCAUGCCCUUCAA